CGCAUCCCCCUGUUGUGAUCGGUCUGAAAUGCCCUUCUACUACAAGAACAGCUCUAUAACCGCAAAUCUACAAUAACUGUACCUGGUCCGCAGCCAUGGAUGUCGAUGAGCGAUCACGCCUGCUCCCUGACCAGCCCGACCAAGGCCCGGAAAAUGUACCCGCAACGACCUCACGCUCCGAAACCAGCACGGCGUUUCCACGUCGCCAUCUGGUGUAUUGCAUCCUCAUCUCCAUCAUCUCGUUCUUGGUCGUGUCAAGCUCCUUUUUGCAGGUGAUUCCGCUGUUCGACCUGCUCAUGCGCAAUGUCUGCCACCGCCUGCAUCCAGAGUAUGAGCCGGGCAGCCCUGAAUGCUUCCUCGAUACAGAGGUCGGCGCAGAAUUGAUGCUGGUGACACGAUUGAGCUACGUGCUUACUAUUCUACCGGGCAUCUUGACUGCUGUUCCGUAUGGAUUCUUGACGGACCAUUAUGGGCGAAAGUUUGGGCUGUUCUUGUCCAUCGUGGGCCUGGUCUUGGCGCAAGCGUUCAAUAUCAUCGUUUGCCUUUGGCCCAAUGUUUUCCACUACCGACUGGCAUUGAUAUCGCCGUUAUUCCUGUUUAUUGGAGGCGGGUCUGUCGUCCUCUCAUCGAUACUCUUCUCGAUGUUGUCAGAUAUUGCGCCUAGUGCUCAUCGUACUACAACCUUUUUCGGCAUCGGUGUUUCAUGGCUAGCUGCCGAGUUGUUCAUCUUCCCCUUGGCUACAAAGUUAAUGCACACGAGUAUCUGGAUUCCCGUCUUCGUCGGAAUCAGUCUCUACAUCCCGACUAUUGCCAUUGCGUUGUUUCUCCCAGAGACUCUCCAUAUGAAGGCGUUGCUCGAUGACGUGGCGCCGGAUCUGGCUGAGGCUGCUCUCGCCAACCAGGAAGAGCGUGAUGAGAAUGACAACAGGCCCUGGUGGACUCGUUGGCGACGCUCGUUUACAGAGGGCUUGCCUAGAUUUCGAGAGGCUACUGUCUCUGUUUUCUGGGGCAAUCAGCAGGUCACGUUGUUGUUGCUGACCCUUCUUAUCACGUCGGUAGGAAAGGGCGCGGAAAUUAUGCUCCUCCAAUUUGUGAAUUGGCGAUUUGGAUGGGAUUGGUUAAAGACGGCAAAUUUGGUAACUGUCAAGGCUGCUAUUAGUGUCGCCUUGCUCUUACUUCUCCUCCCAGCGGCCAACUACUUUCUCACGAUCAAGAGGGAGAUACUGCCGAAGAAGAGGGAUCUUCUUUUUGCACGAAUCAGUUGCAUUUUGCUGGCUGUGGGCAGUCUCGUCGUUGGUCUCGCUCCGACGAGCAGCCUGAUGCUGGUUGGUCUCAUUUUCUUGUGCUUCGGGUUCCCAUUUGGCCUUAUUCUCCGUGGUCUGCUUUCCGAGCUGGUCGACGGGCAGCACUACGGUCUACUCUUCGGUUCUGUUGCCCUGAUGGAGAAUCUGGGCGGUGCUCUUGGCAGGCCGUUGAUGGAGCUUUGUUUCAAAAGAGGUGCCAACUUUGGUGGAGUGUGGACGGGUCUGCCAUUCUUGGUAGCUACUCUCUUUUUUGUUCUUGCGGCGAUACUUUUGCGGUAUGUCCGUGUGAUGUAGUGCGCUAUGUUAGCAGGACAUCUUGGGAUAGUAAAGUAGGCCAUCAAGAUGGCGAGAUAGACUCUCAUCUCCAACACAAAUAUAAAUUUAGAGGGCAGAAUAGAGAUGCCCUUUAUAUAUCUUAUUCAAUGCCGAUUAGAUUCAUCUUGUCAAGGCCCUUCUUCUAUGUGUAUCCUUUGUUUAGCUGAUCUGCAAGAAACUUCAUAAUGGGAAACAUUUCCUCCCUUUCUCUUGGCAUGGCCACCUCUUUUCUCCUCCAGUUGACUACCCUCACUUCUUUAAACUCUCUUUUGACCGCAUCCGCCUGAUCUUCAUCCAGCUGACACACCAGCACCGGCGUACUGCUCUUUUCACGACUGCUCAACGAGGGGACCAUGGACGAUGGCAGCGGACCGCCAAUCGAAACGACGCCCUUACACGUCUUUCCGAGUUUCUGCUUCGUGACAUCGUCGCCGUCUGAAAUGUCAAUUAUGCGCUCGACAGUUCGCAGCCGAGAUGCCAGCCCCAGAGCCAAAGAUCCGCCCUGUCCGAACCCAAAGAAGAGAAUGUCGUUCAUUUCCCAUCCGCACUUGUCAAUCAGCGUUCCCUUGACCAGCUUCUCCAUGACCAGCCUCGACGCCUUGUCGAAGCCUGGAUCAGCGUCGAUGUCGCCCGUGUUGGUGUCCAUGCUCAGGUCAUCGCCCCAGUGAAAGUUGUGGCCCGCGGCGGCGUCGGGAAGAAAGGCCGCUGGGAGAGGAGACGUGCCGCGGACGGAUAUGGCGAGGACGCCUGGCAGAGAGACGUUGCGGGCGAAGGUGGCAAAGGGGACUUCGUGGUCGCCGAGACCGUGGAAGAGGAUGAGGAUGGAGGUUGUUGACUCGGGCGGGUUUGGGAAAUGGAGUUUGUGGGGGAGAGUGGAAGAGAGGGGGGAGAAGUCUGCUUCAGUGGGUAUUCUUGGAGGCAUGGCGAGUUUUUAUUGACGAAGAAAUGGAGUGAAUGAGGUUGGCUGCUGAUGUGCCGCUUUUAUGAUGAUGAUGAUGAAGCUGUCAUGAGUGACGUCUCAGAUGGCGAUGAAACCAGACUGGAGUGCUAAUUAUUGAUUGAAAUAAUCCAAGUGUAAUUGUGGAUAAUAAUAACGAGCCAAGUAUUUUGAAAAUGAU